CUCUGGUACUCGAUUCCUUAGACUUGUUCUGUCAGUUGUCGUUUGACGUUGAACGCCGCGACGUGAUUCUUGAAUUCAUUCUUCCUUUUGCCCGUGUACUGUGGUGUGUGUUUGUGAUAUAAAAAUAAAAAAAAAGUGUGAAAACAGACCCGAAAACGGUUUAGUGUUAACAUUUUCUUGUGACAGAAAAUUUGUCCCUAUUUGUGUCCUGUUUCAUUCAGAAGAGAAAAAUAAAAUAUCACAUAAAAGUGUUGAAAAAUAAACGUUCCCCACAAAACGGAAACUAGUGAAACAAAUCACAACAAUAAAGAAAAAAAAAACGAAAAGUUUUGAAAAGAAAAUUGUAUCCUCUGGGAAACGCCGACAAAAGACCAACAACAACCAUCCAUAUUUCAGUGAAUCCAAGCUAGUGCGCGUGUGUAAUGGCGUUUUUGCGUUCCAUCUGUGCUCAACGUACCAAUUUAGUUUAUAGCUGUAGCGUUAGUGGUUCCAGCAGUCUUGGCGCGGGCAAACGUCAAUUUGGCUCGAAUAAACCAACGACCGGAGUAGCAGCAGCAUCGAAUAGCUGGUCUAACGAUGAAUUGAAUUAUUCGACGGCUUUGUAUCAAUCGAAACGUGUUUUUCCCCAGACAUUGUUUGCCUCCAUCUAUGGCCAGCAACAACGUGGCGUUCACACCAAUGCCACUAAAUCGCAGACUGUAGCCGCCACCCAAACCAUCGGUGAUGAGCAGAAAUCAUCGGUCUAUUCAAAAUCUCAGUUACGUCGUAGUCCCCCCACACCGAAUGUACCCGAGAAUCCCCAACGGGACCCGUUGGAUGUUAGUUUCAACGAUCCAGUUGCCGCAUUCAAGAGCAAAACAACAUGGGAGUUAGUGCGAGCCUAUUUGGUCUACAUGAUCUGCUCCAGCGAGAAGUUGGUCGAACACAAUAUGAAGUUGAUGAAACUUGCCAAAACUGUCCUGGGUGGCACACUCUUCGACCUUUUAAUGAAGUCCUCGUUCUAUGGCCAUUUCGUCGCUGGCGAGGAUCGUCAUAAAAUUGUGCCAACACUUGAGAGGCUGCGUUCAUUUGGUGUUAAACCAAUUUUGGAUUAUUCCGUUGAAGAGGAUUUGUCCCAGGAAGAGGCGGAGAAACGUGAAGUUGAAUCCUCAGUUUCAAGUGCCGGCGAUGUUAAAGAAGACGAUGCCAUGCCCCAAUACCAUGUCGAUAAGUCGUUUGCAGAUCGUCGCUACAAGGUCAACAGUGCCAGAACCUAUUUCUAUUUGAAUGAAGCUACAUGUGAGCGUAACAUGGAAACGUUCAUUAAAUGUUUGGAAGCUGUUUCAGUCGAUGAUGGGAAGUAUUUCCCACGACGCACUUCCGAGGGCGCUACCUUUGGCACUGGUAUUACAGCCAUCAAAUUAACCGCCCUGGGUCGUCCUCAACUCUUGCUGCAAUUGUCCGAGGUUAUUAUGCGCACACGUAAAUACAUGGAAGAUAUGGUGGGUGGUCAAGGCAAUGUCUUAACCCAUCACAAGACCAUUAAGGAUUUGGAAAAAUAUUAUGCCAGUUUGGGCGACAAUAAAAAUGUUCAGGAUUUCUUGAAAAAUGUUACCUCCGACAAAGAAGGUAUUUUGCAUUUGUUCCCCUGGUCCGGUAUUGUAGAUGAAGACUCACAGCUUAGUGACACCUUCAGAGUACCCGAUCCCAAAACUGGUCAAAUGCGUCGUUUGAUCUCACAAAUUCCGCCCAAAGAGGAAGAAAUGUUUAGAAAUAUGAUUCGUCGUUUGAAUACUAUUGUUAAGACUGCAGCUGAAUUGGAUGUUCGCAUUAUGAUUGAUGCCGAACAAACUUACUUCCAACCGGCCAUUUCCCGUAUUACACUUGAAAUGAUGCGUAAAUACAAUAAAGAAAAGGCAAUUGUAUUCAAUACAUACCAGUGUUAUUUGCGCGAAGCAUUCCGCGAGGUUAAUACCGAUUUGGAACAAGCCAAACGCCAAGAUUUCUAUUUUGGUGCUAAAUUAGUGCGCGGCGCUUACAUGGAACAAGAGCGUGCCCGAGCCCAAGCAUUAGGCUAUCCCGAUCCAGUGAAUCCCAGUUAUGAAGCUACAACCGAAAUGUACCACAAAACAUUAACUGAAUGUUUGAGACGAAUCAAAAUACUCAAAGAUAAUGGUGAAGAUGCAAAGAAGAUCGGUAUUAUGGUAGCAUCCCACAACGAGGACACUGUUCGUUAUGCCAUUGAGAAAAUGAAGGAAAUCGGUAUUUCACCCGAGGAUAAGGUCAUAUGUUUCGGUCAAUUGUUGGGCAUGUGCGAUUAUAUUACUUUCCCAUUAGGUCAAGCUGGUUACUCGGCCUAUAAGUACAUACCGUACGGUCCCGUACAGGAAGUCUUGCCAUAUCUCUCGCGUAGAGCACAAGAAAACAAGGGUGUACUGAAGAAAAUCCAAAAGGAGAAACGUUUAUUGCUUGCCGAAAUACGUCGCCGACUGAUGCGUGGUCAAUUGUUUUACAAGCCAAAAGGAAACUAUGUACCCAUAUAAAUUACAAAACCAAACUACUCCUGCUCAUCCAAGUCCACAACAACAACAACUACAUGCCAUAUAAUGUCAUUAUCUAGAAAAAAUGUCGAUUAAUUAAAACAAAAAGAACCCGAAACUUAAUUAAAUACUGUAAAGCAUACACACACAUAUAUACAAAAGCAGAGGAAUGAAUCCCACUACCAUUUUCAUACACACAUACAAUUACAAAGAGUGUCUUAAAAUAAUCUCAGAAAAUAGAAUCUCUCUAUUAAGACAAAAAGGCUUGUUCAUAUUCACAGCAGCAACUUAAAUACUUAUCUAGAAUACUUGUUAAUUUAACAAAUUCAAAUACAUACAUAUGUGUUAAUUAAAUAUUAAAUAUAGAGUUAAACAGAAUACAAUAUUUAUGUAAUUUAUUAAAAAAAAUAUUCUCUCAAUUGUGAAUGUUUGAAAGCCUUGUCUUCUCUUUCGUAUGGUCGAAGAAUGUGUGUUUAUGGUAGCUUCUUAAUUUAAUCUGUUUUGCAUUUUCAUCCUUUUACGAAAUCGAAGUAAACUUAUAAAACUUGUAAACUUGUAAUUCUAAAGACAGAAACUCAUAGAGCCUACAAGACAGUGAGUGACUGCCAGAAGUCAUAAAUUGUUCUGGUGCAAAGAUAACUAAAUGCUCGAAUAUUAUUAGAAUUUUUUCUUCUCUGUUUUAAAAAAAAUUAGAUUUCAACACGCCACGUGGUUAGUUAGGAUGAUUAAAAAUAAUAAUAAUAAUUUAAACUGAAUUUUAUGAAUCUCUUAUUUUUUUAAGUUGAACAAAAAAAUACUUUUGAGAAAGUCCCUUUGAUUGUUUUUUUAUUUGUAAAAAAUAUUGUUUAGUCGUUUUAGCGUUUUAUUUGUCAUUUAUAUAAGUUUUAUUUGCAUAAACAUUAAACUUUGCCCAACCCAUAGCUACCCCGCCACCACACACACACACUUAUGUUUGUAAAAUCUUAGUUAUUUUAAAAUUGAGUUUUAAAAUAAUUUAAGGAUUACCGUAUUAUUUCUUGUAAAAACCCACCCUCUUCUCCGUUUAAAAAUAAGCUAAUGAUAAACCAACUACAUUUAUUUGCAUGUAUAAAAACAACAACAAAACUAAGUUUUACAUAUUUAUAAUUCUGCAGUUCUUACUAUUACACAUUUUUAAUUAUUAUGUAUUACUAUUAUUACUUUUAUUCGUACAGCUGUAUGUUAAUUAAAUUGUUUUUUUGUUUAAAAAUAUUUUAUUAUUUAAUAAUAGUAUUUCCUUCAA